UACUCAUCGCAAAGAUCACGUUACUUUCGCGCAAGUAGAACAGCAACGCGGUAUUAGCCUCCGCGGUACCUACAUUGUCAGUUCAUAUUCACGUGUGGAAGUCGCUGAUGCGUCACGCGUGACGCGACACGUGGAUACCAGUGUGUACAAACUGGUGGAACAUCGAUUGAACCAUCUACACUAGCUCACAGUGGGCGUUUCAUUGAUAAAUACUAGAAUCCGGAGAGGGUCAGAGAUUAUUAUACUUAAUGUUCGCAGUUUCGCCGUAGACCUGGGCUAACUGUUUAUCGUAUGGACUAACGAUGACGGACGAAAGAGCAAAACUUGGCCAGGAGAAAAUCGAUGUCGUCCUGCGCGAUCUCGACGCUCUUUUACGGAAAAAAUUUGGAGAUCAUCUGAUUGUCGACAGUUUUACAACGAGUAGUCUAGUUCCUCCAGGAGAAAACUACGGAAGCUCGAUGCUUAAGGUGGAGGUGAUCGUCAGACGCGACGGGCCGAGCUCGGAGCAAGAGAAAUUGUCCCUUGUCGCUAAAAUGGUACCGCCGACCGAGCUCCAGAGGAAGAUGUUCGACAGUCCGUUCACUUUCCGGAAGGAGAUGAACAUGUUCAAGGUCAUCGGACCGGCCUACAAAGCCUUGGAACGCGAAUGCGGCAUCCCGGAAUCCGAAGUCUUCGACAUACUUCCGAAUUUCUACGGCGCAAGACUCUCGCUGAACGAGGCGGAGGACACUUUCGAUCACGAUGCUGUGAUCCUGAUGGAGAACCUCAAGGUGAAGAACUACGCCUGCCUGGACAGGAUGAUCGGCGUUGACUUGGCUCAUUCGAAAUUUCUCGUUGGCGCGCUGGCGCGGUUUCACGCCUUGGGUGUCGCCAUGAAGUUAAAAAAACCAGAAUUGUUCAAGGUCAUCAAAGAGCAUGCCAAGUCGGUGGGAUACGACGAAGAAAUGCCUGAUGACGACACUGAAUCGGUAUUGGCUAUUUUGAAGAAGUCUGCUCUUCUGCUCCCGCAUCUCGACAGGAUUGAAAAGGCGUUAAGUACUUUUGACACAGAGGCUUGGACCAAGGAACCAGACGAGCCUUGGGGUACAAUAGCUCAUACAGAUCUCUGGGUGAACAACAUCAUGUUCCGCGACGACGCGGAUGGCAAUCCGGAAGACGUGAAGUUCGUAGACUUUCAGAAUUAUCUCUACGUAAACCCGAUGCUGGAUCUCGUUUUUUUCAUCGUCUCGAGUUGCGAGAGAAACGUACAGGAUAUGCACAUGGACGACCUGGUCGAUUUGUACUACGAAAAGUUCAUAUCUCAUCUUGUGAGAUUAGAAUGUGACGUGACAUUAUUCUCCAGGGAGUCGUUUGAUGAGCAGUUUGAGGCCGCAGCCAAAGUCGAGUAUUUGCACUGCAUGUUUAUGACCAGAGUUGUAAAUGCAGAUACUCAGAAAGACCUUAACAUGAGUAGUCCUGAGCAAUUGUUCAGCAAUGAGAUUGCAGAAGAGUGUGGCAAACGAAUGAUCGAGAUCACGAUGCAAUUUGUUGAGAAAAAUUGGUUGUGAACUAUUAUUAUCGUUGCGAAAAUUGGAAUAGCUACAUUGAGAGAUUCGGCAAAAUUGAUCGAACCUUAGCCUUCACACAAAAUAUAAGCUUCCAGGUCCUGCGCACGUGGUGAAUGACAACUCGUCGGGAGAUUCGCAGAACGAGGAUUACUUGAUGAUCCUUUUACGGAAGAUUCGAAAGAAAGAAUUGCAAAAUGGUCUACCAGCUGUUCGGUUUAUUACGUUUGAACUUUGCACCGAUAAACCGUUUUUAUAAUUUUGUCACGAUUUUUAAGUAGCCUAGACUCUUGAAAUUACACUUAUGA